UGAGUUGAGCAGCGUGCUGCACAGGAGCACCGUGUCGUCUUCACACGUGUUUACCAGAUAAGCUUGACAGAUACGGAGUGCUACAGUUAACCAAUAGCGUCAGGCAAGGUGUAAGAUAAGAGAUUAUAUCCACCGGCCAGCAGGGAAUGGUACCUCAGUGACUGAAGGCAGCCAGGCCGUCUGCGACAUGAGACUGGAUAUGUUGACGAUACUUACUGUAGUACUUGGAUGUGCCUUGGCUGUGAGCCUCGCUGCUUCACCCACACUCAGGCUCGUCAAUCUGGUAUAUCGACAUGGUGAUCGCAGCCCCUAUCGGACAUACCCCAACAACCUCAACUCCAUCGACAAGAACUGGCCUCAGGGACUAGGAUGGCUCACCACGGAAGGAAUGAAACAGCACUACUCGCUUGGGAGGUUCAUCCGUAGACGCUACACGGGAUUUCUCAGUGACAAGUACCUGCACACAGAGAUCCGCGUUGAGAGCUCCGACGUGGACCGGUGUCUGAUGUCUGCCUACUCCAACCUGGCCGGUCUGUACCCUCCAAGUGGGGACCAAGUGUGGAACAGCAACAUCCCCUGGCAGCCAAUCCCCGUCCACACCAGACCAGAAGUGGAGGAUAACAUGCUGGCCAUGCAGGAGCCCUGCAAGAAAUACGACCAAAUCGAAGCUGCAAACUUUGCGUCUAACCGCAUAAAGCAGCUAAUGGCAGGAAACCAGGAAUUCUUGCAGUUACUUAGCAGAGAAACAGGUUUCAAACCAUUCAAUGUGCGUGACAUAUUGCCUGUAGCAGACACACUGUAUUGCGAGAAAGUUCACAAUAUUACUUGGCCAGCAUGGGUUAAUGAUACCAUCUACGCUAAAGCCAGAGACCUCGAACAAAUUGGCUUCGAUCUUCUGUUCCAUGACAACGUGGGUCGUUUGAAAGGAGGUCCUCUAGUGAAGAAGUGGAUAGACCUGGCUCAACAGAAAGUCGCGACUAAGACCAUCUCCACCAAGAUGAAUGUGUUCUCUGCUCAUGACUCCACCGUAGUGUCGGUACUGAGUGCGUUGAAGCUCUACAAUAACCUGAUCCCACCCUACACCUCAACAUUGUUCAUGGAGCUGCAUGAAGCCACGUCUGGAGUCUUCCACGUGGAGCUGUACUACAGGAAUGUGUCCUCCACAGACCCUAACGAUGACACACAGCCUCAUCAACUCACGAUACCAGGUUGUUCGUCCCAGUGCCCGCUGACCAACUUUGUGUCUCUCACCAAAGACAUGGUUCCCACAGACUGGGAUGCUGAGUGUGCUGCCUCCAACACAGGUACAAUCGUCGGGAAGCGUGGGCAGCGUGCAAGUCCAGUCCUCAAAGUUCUCUAUCCAUCCUUCAAAUAAAGAUCUUUCCAACUUACACCAACUGUACUUCAGAUACACAUUAAACAUAGAUACCGAUCAUUAAGGUGA